UAAAAGUUGCUUCUGAUACAUAAAAUUUACUUACAAUUAAUUACUUACGACUUAAUCGUUAGUAUUAUCCGCGCUGAUUGUUAAUAGAAUGAAUGUAGGAGAUAUUUUUAAUAAUUUUAAUGAGCUUAAGCUAGCAAUUAAAGAAUAUGAAAAAUCAAGAUUUGUAUCUCUUUAUGUUCGAGAUAGUCGAACAAUUGAUUUAGCGAUUAAAAAAGGUUUGCAACGAUAUAUUAAUAAAGAUUUAAAAUAUUAUUAUUUAACUUACUGUUGCUAUCAUGGUGGACGUCAAUUUAAAUCGAGAUCAAAAGGGCUUCGUCCAAACCAAAGUACCUAUAAAAUUCAAUGUCCAUUUACUAUUUGCAUUGGUGUUACUGAAGAUGGUGAAAGGUUCUGUGUGACAAAAGUUAUUAAUGAGCACAACCAUGCAAUUGACAAAGUAAAUCUGUUGUUUUUUUUACUAUAUAAAGGUAUUAGUUUUUUGCUGAAUAGCAGGGUGACCAGUAUACAUGAAAUAAGGGAAAUUAUGGAAAAGUUCAGGAAAGGUGGUUAGGAGAGUCAGGGUCCCUGAUUCCCUGACAGGGAGAAGUCUAGGAUUUUGCUAUUUUCCCGUCAAAAGUCAUUCAUUAAGUCAAAAUUUAGCCUUUUGAUUUUACUUAAAUGAUUACUUUUUUUUACAUAGUUUUCAUUUCCCUGAUUAAAUCUUUGCUAUUAGACUGAAAGACAUUUACAAACAAUAAACACUAGUUUAAAAAGUAAUUAUUAUAAUUUUUUCUUUUUGAAAUUCCAGAUUUUUAAUUAUCAGAGUCAGGGAAAAGUCAGGGUUUUUUGAUUUGAUUGUACAAAGGGGCUGGCCACCCUGAACAGACUGUCAGGAAUUAUUUUUAUAACAGCAGCAAUAUUUCAUAAUAGCAGAGAUAAAAAAAGUUGAAAAAAUUUUCUCAUAGUUUCAUUUGACAUAAGGUAAACUCAACUAGACAGGAGUGCGACAAAAAAAGAAUUCUAAGUUUUUAAUUAUAUUUUUA